UGAUUGAAAAAUAAACUUUAUUUAUUACUCCUGUAUGAUUUACAUAGUAAAAGUCUUUGUUUAAUUAUUUAAGUACUUAAUGAAACACCUUGACGUAGUAUGUAUCAAUCUUUUUUUAAAAUUUUUAAACUGUGUAUCUUGUCAAACAAAUGACCUUGUGUUAUUAAUUUGAUGUAGUAAUCAAGUUUUAAUUGUGCUUUGAGAUUAGUUGGUCAUUCACGCCCCGUCGUACAGAAAUUCCUAAUGACCUAACUGAUAGCUGACGUGUACUUUGAAACUGGCCCCACCAUGCGUCAAGUUCACCAGUCUUUUCCAAAAAGGGCCCACCAGAACAUAAACAACGUGUGUCCUUAUUCGCCACGUGUAAAGUUAACCACACAUUCCUAGGAGACACCAAAAUCUUUUCACCCACUUGGUCGUACUAUUCAUUAAUGGCCCCUUCUGCUAAGUUCAGACACGUGUCGCGAAACUAGAACCUCAGUGCACGUGCCACAGUUCAAAGCCACGUGUCAGAUAAAGAGCAUGCAGGUCUUGAGGUGGUGGAUUAACGCUUUUGCUUCAUUAAACGCUUUGGACUAAUUAAUCUUACGUGUCAUGAAACUCUCACUUCAUCGUCUCUUUUCUUGCCACGUGGCUUUCUACCCGGCCUUUUCUCUGACUCUACAUUUACUGCUUAAAUAGUUCUGUUUUUCUAUCCUCUUUAAUAUUAGUAAAGUAACAUCGUUGUUCCAAAAGAUAAAAGCUUUUACAAGAAAUCAAUUAGCUGAACGUUUUAUGAAGUUUUAAUUAUAUAUGUUUACUGUGUUAAUGGCGAAGGAUUGUAAAAUGUUGGAGCUUUUGAAGGAAGAUGAUAAUGGGAUUGAAUUGAGUUUAGGAUUAUCCAUUGGAGGAAGUUAUAGCACAAAAAAAUCAGAUUAUAAGAUGUUAAUAGAGUGCCAAAGGUCACAAAAGAGGGCAAUACAUAGAGAAAUGAUGGAAAAUGAAGAACAAAUUUCAGCGCAAAAAGUUCGUAGAAAAGGGGAAAUUGGUACUUUUAGCAAUGAAUGUGGUACCUAUGAAGCUGCAAAAAGCUUGAAUCUUUCUUUGAAUCAAGAUUCAAAUGUAAAUAAUCAGAAUGUUGAAGUUCCAUUUUGGGAUCAGAAUGCUGGGAAAAGGGAAUUGAUGAAGAAAAAUGUGCUACAGGGUGAUGAUUGUCGGGGUUUUAGGCGUUAUAAUGAGAAUAGGGGUGGGAAUAUGAGUUAUAACCAAUGUAUGAGUAGUGAAUCGGAGGGAAAUUUCUCCAGCAAAAGCAGUGUUAAGAAUUGCAAAACGUUGUCAAAUGGCUCUCCGGAAAGAUGUUCCUCGACAAUUUCAGAAUGCCAAAGUUCAUCUCCUAAAGGUCGAAGCAGUAGUGAUAAUGCACAAGGAAUACAGCCUAGUACUUCAGGGAGAAAGCAUACACAGUUUGAACAACUUACAACUAAUGUCAUUCCUAUCAAAGAGGAACAGAACCAAAAUGCAGAGAAGAGAAUGCAAUUUGAUGCUAAAGUAGGUCCCAAUUCCACAAACCAAGCAAAUGUAGGUCCAUUUUCUUCUCCUUUGAAGCAGAUUCCAAAGUCUGAAAUCAAGAAUUGUGGCAUUUCAUUGCUUUCUCGAAUGCCGUGUGUGUCAACCACUGGUAAUGGUCCAAAUGGGAAGACUAUAAGGGGGUUGUUAUACAGGUAUAAUAAUAGAACGGAGAUUAGCAUUAUCUGUGUUUGCCAUGGAAAAUCAUUUACUCCUUCUGAAUUUGUGGAGCAUGCUGGUGGAGUUGAUGUAUCACAUCCUUUGAGGCAUAUCACUGUAAUCCCCCCUUGUUCUUGAUUGAAGCUAAAUCAUCCUCAACCUCUCUGCCUUUCUUUUUCUUUUCUCUUUUUUUUUUUUGUUGGGGGACUAAUAGCCUGUUUUGACCAAACUUUUUUUUGAGUCAAAAGCGCUUUUUUUUAUUUUUUUGUCCGUUUUUUGUGUUCCUUUUUUUUGUCAAAAAUGUUUUUUUUCUUAAAGUAAGGUGUUUGGUAAAGUUUUGGAAAGGGGAAUAAGUGCUUUUGAGGGUAAAUAGAAGCAGUUUUGGAGAAGCUAUUGCUUCUCACUAAAAAUACUUUUGAAAAAAAUACACUUAGAAGUAUUUU